AUGAAGUCCGUAUUUCCGCUUACCAUGCUUGCAAUUAUGGUCGUUAUGAUUUCGUCGGUCACGUCACGUGACAUGUCGUCCCAUCGUUCCUAUAGAGGUGAGUUACUCUUCUGCUCCAUUUUCAAAACUCUAAUUGUUUACUGGUUACACGAUCUACGACUUCAUCAACAAAAAUACCCUGGGAGCAAUCGGUUUACAGUUCAUAGUUUAUAGUUCAAUUUACUUGUGUUUUUAAAAUCCUUUCUGGGGAAGGGGUGAGGGUGGGUUUGUUGUUCUGGGUAUUUUCCCCUUUGCUGUCCCUGCAGAUAGUAAAUUGAUUGACCCUUGGUGUAACUGGGGGAUUUGUUUCAUUUAAAAAUGAUUUCCCCUACACCCGUCAGUAGGACAAUCUCGUUUCCUGAGAGGCUGCGCUGGUCAGCACCAAGGAUCACUAACCGUUACCCCUCCCAUGGACAAGGGUACCAAAGGCUCAUGGGACGGUAUUGGGUAUUAUGGUUAUUAUGGUCGUUAUUUCUUGUUAUCGCGCAUACUUUCUGAGCAUCAUUCACACGUGAGGGUUCAAGAAACUGGGGUUUUCAAAAAGAGUGAGACGGAAGGCGUUUAGUGACACAACAUUUUUGUUUAGCUUUGUCUAGGUGGGAAAUAGAUCUCAGUAAGAAAUGUUCAAAUCCACGAAGUCUGUCUUGGAUGGGCCGCACCUUUAAACUAAGUACUAUAGUACACGACCAUAAUGCGUUUAAAAUGGCAAGCCACCACAGGCGAGACAUUGCAAACACCCAUACAGCUCGGACGCGCGAAUAUUUUAUCCUACUUUAUAUUUAUAUCAAAAGUCAGUUAGACCGGCUAAUUAGCUGAACAUUUGUUACUUCAGACGAGCUGUUCAGUAAUAGCUUGUAAUAGGGUUUACAGCGAUUUACAUGUGUCUCAAAUACUGUCAUAGCUUUAAUGUAUAGUUAAUGAAUUUUUUAAGCUUUGUCACAUCUAUUUCAAUAAUUUUAAUUUUACAUUUCAGAGCUUCGUGCAAGAAAUUUUAAAGCAAAGUCUAACUUUGACAGACCCGCUCGCUGGGAAGAGGUAUCUUGCGAAGAAUGUUAUCCAGGUUGCUUAAAGGCCUUAGCGAGAGAUGAGGUAGAAGGUGACCACGUUAAGCUGUGCAAGCAAGAAUGCAGCUGUCCAGAGAAGCGAGGGCUAGACGUUUACUUUGACAAAGCUUCCAUGGACGAUAGGGAGGAAGAUUUUGAGAGACUUGCCCAAAUGAAUGACUGGGAGGAGGAGACUUGUAAAGGAUGCUUUGCAGAUUGCUAUGAUUCCUUUAAAAGAGUCACUGGUUUCCUGAUUAGUUUCUGCGCGGAGAAAUGCAAGUGUGAGAAUAAAGGUCAGCACGGGUCUCAAGGAUCUAGAAUAUUGUGGAGGAUGCUUCCCGGCUCCCGACGGAUGUUAUUGGCCGGAGGUAGACCGGGACAACCCUGA